UCACACAGUAGAUUCAGCAGCGGUGAGGGGCUGAGCAGCACAAACCUCCUGUCAUGCUUCAGGAGGAACACACACACGCUAGCCAGACUGAACUGAGCCCAGCCCCACCUCAGGAGGAGGCAGUGCUCGCUCUCUAGGUGUCUGGAUUGAGACCCGAACGCAUUCGAUUCAUCUGAUCAUCAUCAAAGCGCCUUUAAUUCUCAGUCUCAGCGACAGACAGGCGGCAACACGAGUCAUGGAGACCAGACUGCCCUCCAGCUAGCUAACUGCUAUCUAAUCGGAGUCCGAAAACAUGCGCUAGACAGGGUUGUAUAAGAAGACUGUUUCCUGUUUUCACUGGAGUGACACUGCUGUCACAUCUGGCCAUCAGCCGCUGAAAUGCAGACUUUCCUGAGAGGCAGACGAGUGGGCUACUGGCUCAGCGAGAAGAAGAUGAAGAAACUCAAUUUCCUGGCCUUUGCAGAGAUGUGCAGGAAAAGAGGAAUAGAUGUUGUGCAGCUUGACCUGAGUCAGCCAUUAGAGGAGCAGGGUCCCCUGGAUGUCAUCAUUCACAAGCUAACAGACCUGAUCCUGGAGGCGGACCAGAACGACACCCAGUCCCUGCUGCUGGUCCAGCGUGUGCAGGAUUAUAUUGACGCUCACCCAGAGACCAUUAUUCUUGACCCACUUCCAGCCAUCCGAACUCUGCUAGAUCGCUGCAGGUCCUACCAGCUGGUGCACAAGAUAGAGGACUGUAUGAGAGAUGUAAGGAUCUGUUCUCCUCCAUUUAUGGUGCUGAACAGUGAGUGUGGCCCAGACACACUGGAGCAAAUCGAGCAGCAUGGUCUUACAUUCCCUUUCAUUUGCAAAACACGGGUUGCUCACGGAACUAACUCUCAUGAGAUGGCUAUAAUAUUCAACGCCGAGGACCUAAAGGACGUGAAGCCACCGUGUGUCAUUCAGAGUUUUAUAAACCACAAUGCUGUGCUCUAUAAGGUGUUUGUGGUGGGCGAGUCGUACACUGUGGUGGAGAGACCAUCACUCAAGAACUUCCCCUCUGGACCAUCUGACAGAAAAGCGAUUUUCUUCAAUAGCCACAAUGUGUCCAAGCCAGAGUCGUCCUCUGACCUCACAUCUAGAGAUAAUGUGGAAGGUGUUUCUCAGCCCCCGAAUGAUGACGUCAUCCGGGAACUGUGUAAAUCUCUACGGGAAGCUCUCGGGGUUUCGCUCUUCGGCAUCGACGUCAUUAUUAACAACCAGACGGGCCAACACGCUAUCAUUGACAUCAAUGCAUUCCCUGGAUAUGAGGGCGUUCCUGAGUUCUUCACUGACCUCCUCAACCACAUCAUCAGUGUCCUCCAAGAUCACUCCUCCAAUGACCCCUCGGCCCCACCCCCUCCCAGCCAGCUGCCCGCUUUAGGCGCUGGAGAGCGCAACUGCGCCCCCUCCCAGGAGUGCUGCGGCAUGCUGGGCAAGGAGUCGGACAGCAGCCCCUGGAUCGUGGAGGGCGACGGUGGUCUGAAAGGCCCGCGUCAGAGACUGGGCUGCAACACGGCCAUGUCCCCCAACUUCCAACAGCACUGCGUGUCCACGAUAGCCACAAAAGCCUCGUCACAAUGACUGCCGUCACCCUACUGUCCCACCCCUCCGCCAUCCUUCCCUGAACAAAUUGUGAAAACAGAGUGAAUAAUAUACAAUAACAAUAAUAACUACUAUACUGAUAAAAUAUAUCUGUAAUCAAAAAUAAACUAUAUUGGGAAUCAUAAUGAUGUUGAUAAUGGGCAUUUAAUUCUAUCUUCUAUGCCUUUGCAUACAGUUUUUUUCUAAUAACUCAGUACUGUAAUGUGAAUGUUUGGGAAAUCAACAUAGAUCAACAUCUAAAUCAGUUUAAAUUUGAGUCACAGUGGAUGUUAGUUAAGUGAACAUACUAGGCAUGUUAGAUAUUUAAGCUGGAAGACAGUUCUGAAGGUUUUCUUUUCUUGAUUAUGGAAAAGACUAACUGAAAACACAAAAACACCCAAAUAAUCUAACAACCAGGACACCUAAAAUGUCUUUGUGCUCUGUAUUUAGUGGCAAUCCUAUAUUGUGAUGAUCCACAGUGUAUAUCUUUGUGCAACGUCUGCAAAUCUGCUCCGUAAGCCAAAUGACGGCCCAGCGUGCAGCUCAUGCAGACCGUGUGCCACUGUGUUUGAUCUUGUGACACUCCGUAAUCUUUCCAUUAUGCUCCGAAAGACUUUCAUCAUCUUUCCAUAAACAUUGUGACACCUGACAUUUUUCAUGUGCAUUUCAACGCAUUAUAUCACGAGGUGUUAUAUGAAGUGGGAGAAAAAUCGAAUGAUGAAGAUCCAGGUGAACAGUGUCAAGUACCGUUAAUGUUUUGAUAGUUUUAUGAAAGACCCCGAAGAGGCUAAAAUUCAACUAUUCUUUUAAAAAUUCUUCUAAACUCUGUUGUUUGUCAGUGUCAAGUUUGGUUGGACGGUUGCAAGAGGAUAUAUUGACAUUCCCUGUAUGUGUGUGUGUGUGUGAGAGAUGUUUUUUUAGCAGGCGUUCCUUUAAAAGAUCUAAAGUUUUGUACAUGAUUCAGUUUUGAAAGUCAUUAAUUUUCAUGCUUCAGAUUAGUACACACCCUUGAAAUAUUUGAACAAACUGUACAAGAUGGAUGUUCAUGUAUAUGUUGUGAGUAUUUUUUCUUGUUCUAAUUGCAAGGAAGGACACAUCUCUUCCACAAAGGGUUAAAUUCUUGGUUACCAUUCCUGGGUUAAAAGGAAAAUUAACAUAGAUUUGUACAAUUUUGUUCAUAUUCCUCCAAGUUAUAAAUGGAAUAAUUGCUAGCUUGUUUGAAAAUCACUAAUGAAUACAAAGUAUUUGUUUUAUACAUCAUGUAGUUAGCAGAACGUUUCAUUUUGUUGCUGAUUUAAAUCAGACUGUUUUGUGAACUGCCAUGUGGUGUGUUCCAAAAAUUGUUUAGCACUAAUUAAUGUCAAUAUAUGUCAUUAAAACCAUCUGAACAAUAUUUACAUUAAUUAAAAUGUAAUAAAGCCAAAACGUGAUUUGCA